CCCACUGUUGGGUGAGAAUUGUGGAAGGGCUGGAGAGAUGGCUCAGCGGUUAAGAGCACCCGCUGCUCUUCCAAACUGAGGUCAACUCUCAGCGACCACACGGUGGCUCACAACCCUCUGAUGAAUUCGGAUGCCCUCUUCUGGGAUGUAGGUAAUCAGAAUGAGUGGAUUGAGUUUCAGGCCGACAAAGAGCCGUUGGAUCACCCACCUCAGCCGGCCCCGUUCUCAUGGACCCGCAGGGUUAUUUGUGCCGCCCAGCCCUCCUUUGGACCCUGAAAAGAUCAAAGAGUUACAGCGCUUCAUUAGCCUUUCCAAGAAACUGCUCGUGAUGACAGGCGCGGGGAUCUCCACCGAGUCCGGGAUCCCAGAUUACAGGUCAGAAAAGGUGGGACUUUACGCCCGCACUGACCGGAGACCCAUCCAGCACAUUGAUUUCAUCCGCAGUGCUCCGGUCCGCCAGCGGUACUGGGCCCGAAACUUUGUGGGCUGGCCCCAAUUCUCCUCUCACCAGCCCAACCCAGCCCACUGGGCUCUGAGCAACUGGGAGAAACUGGGGAAGCUGCACUGGUUGGUGACGCAGAACGUGGACGCUUUGCACUCCAAAGCAGGGAAUCAGCGGCUGACAGAGCUCCACGGAUGCAUGCACAGAGUCCUGUGCCUGAACUGUGGGGAGCAGACUGCCCGCAGGGUGCUGCAGGACCGCUUCCAAGCCCUGAACCCCAGCUGGAGCGCCGAGGCGCAGGGCGUGGCCCCCGACGGCGACGUGUUCCUCACUGAGGAGCAGGUCCGGAGCUUUCAGGUCCCGUGCUGUGAUCGGUGCGGCGGCCCUCUGAAACCAGACGUCGUUUUCUUUGGGGACACGGUGAACCCAGACAAGGUCGACUUUGUGCACCAGCGUGUGAAAGAGGCGGACUCCCUGCUGGUGGUGGGGUCAUCUCUGCAGGUGUACUCUGGUUACAGGUUCAUCCUCACCGCCCGGGAGAAAAAGCUGCCAAUAGCCAUUCUGAACAUCGGACCCACCCGGUCUGAUGAUUUGGCUUGCCUGAAGCUGGAUUCCCGCUGUGGAGAGUUGCUGCCCUUAAUAGACCCGCAGAGACAGCACUCUGAUGUCCAAAGGCUGGAAAUGGACUUUCCUUUGAGUCCCGCUGCUCAAGAUCCCUAAGGAUCCCCCCCUCCCCGCCCUCCCAUUGCCAACUCUGCAUCCUAUAGAGGGGACAAAGCCACGCCUAGAGGGCAGGCACCUUCCUGUUUAUAGAGAUGAGAGCUGCCCCCUACGGAAAGACUCUUCCAAAGAAGUAGCUGUGCCCUUGAUGGAGUAGCUGUGCCCUUGAUGGAGUAGCUGUGCCCUUGAUGGAGUAGCUGUGUCGCCAGGAAUGAAGGAUCAGGCAGAAGUCUGUAAACCACAACCGUCUGUGAGGGGCAACGUGGGGAUCUCACUCAUUCAGGGAUAACCAGAAGAGGGAUUUAUAAUUCAUUCAUAAUUCCAAAUGGAUGUGUCUGACUGAAGCACUUUGAUAUUUCUGACGACAGGAGCAAGAGCAAACACGACUUUUUUUUU